AUGGCCAACCAAACUCCUGCCGUUGUCAUGGACAACGGCACUGGCUUCUCGAAGCUUGGUUUCGCCGGCAAUGACUCCCCCUCCUUCGUCUUCCCGACCGCCAUCGCAACCAAAGGUCCCGCAGGCGGUAGCGGAGGCUCCGGAUCUGGCCGUCCUGCCGUCGCAAACAAGCCGUCAUACCUCACUGGUGGAGCGGGAUCUGGUGGUCACCUCAACAUGAAGCGCGGCACUGAGGACUUGGACUUCUUCAUUGGCGAUGCCGCUAUUGCCGCGUCGCAAGGUCCAGGCUACGGGCUUCACUACCCCAUUCGCCACGGCCAGAUUGAGAACUGGGAUCACAUGGAACGAUUCUGGUCCAACUCCAUCUUCAAGUACCUUCGUGUUGAACCCGAAGACCACUACUUCCUCCUGACCGAGCCGCCUCUGAACCCCCCCGAGAACCGCGAGAACACGGCCGAGAUCUUCUUCGAGUCUUUUAACUGCGCCGGCAUGUACAUCGCUGUGCAGGCUGUUCUUGCGCUCGCCGCGUCUUGGACAUCCUCCAAAGUGCAGGAUCGUUCGCUGACUGGUACUGUCAUCGACUCGGGUGACGGUGUGACCCACGUCAUUCCCGUUGCCGAAGGUUAUGUCAUUGGAUCGUCGAUCAAGUCGAUUCCCAUCGCCGGCCGCGAUAUUACCUACUUCGUCCAGUCGCUUCUUCGAGACCGAGGCGAACCCGACUCGUCGCUCAAGACGGCGCAAGAAAUCAAGGAGGAGCACUGCUACGUGUGCCCUGAUAUUGUCAAGGAGUUCUCCCGAUACGAUCGCGACCCUACUCGGUUCAUCCAGCACCCCGUUCUCCAGGCUGGAGGUCGCAAGACCAUGGUCGAUGUCGGCUAUGAACGAUUCCUCGCACCUGAGAUCUUCUUCAACCCCGAGAUUUACAGCUCCGACUUCCUGACGCCUCUGCCCACCGUUGUCGAUGGCGUGAUCCAGUCCUCGCCGAUCGAUGUUCGAAGGGGCCUGUACAAGAACAUCGUCCUGUCCGGCGGCAGCACGCUGUACAAGGACUUUGGUCGCCGGUUACAGCGAGACAUCAAGCAGCUGGUCGACGCGCGCAUCAAGGCCAGUGAGGUGCGCAGCGGCGGUGCCAAGAGUGGUGGUCUCGACGUUCAGGUUAUCACGCACAAGAGGCAAAGACACGGUCCCUGGUUCGGUGGCAGUCUACUCGGCCAGACACCCGAGUUCCGAUCGUACUGCCACACCAAGGCGGAGUACCAAGAGUAUGGACCGAGCAUUGUCAGGAGGUUUGCGCUGCUGGGCGGGCCUGGCGGUUCUUAG